AUGUCUACCCCGUACCCUGACGACGAGCGCGGGACUUUUAUUACUCAAACGUUCCCCUGCGUCUUUGACAAUACCAUCAUCGUUGCAGCAACCCACCCGACAGUCUCCACCGGCUCCCAGUUUGACGAUGGGUGGUUCCUCUCCGACUUUUACGCUUUCAACUACCUCCUGAAAGGUUCACCUAGCAAACUGUUGAAGAAGCAUGGCCCCUAUUACCACGGUACCGCUUCUGAGUGUCCCAAGGUCGUCCUCAGCCCUGAGCUUCUCGAAUCUGAGAUCACUCCUGUGACGGUCGUUCCGCCCGCCCAGAUGAUUGAUAGAUUUCUCGACGAGGUCUCCAAAGCCGCUGCUCGCGCCAAGGGCGAGCACCCUAUCCUUUUAAUGGUGUUCUGUCACGCCACCUUAAUCGUGACAGUAUGCUACUCGGGUGGAUGGGUGGUUGCGCCCGACGUCAACAGCGCAGCAUUAGCAGCCGCUACCUCUAAUGACGUGGCCUUAUCGUUCCCAGUCUCAGCAAGCCUAGGACGAGUUUGCGGAUCCCUCUUCGCUAGAGCGAUCAUCGACACCCUCUCCAGAGCCUCUUCGCCGUUGCUCACGCAGGAGGCGAGGAAGGAGCUAGACGACAGCGAGGGCUCGGAAAGCAUCCAGCCCGAGGAGCCAACCAAAAUACAGACAGAAACGUACAACGAGUUCUGCCGCUCCGUUACAACCGUACAUAAAGCGCGGGGUGUCCCUGAUACCCUGACUGAGGGGUUUUGCUUCAGCGCCCAAGACGACCAGUGGACUUUUUCUGUUCCCGGAUGCUAG